AUGUCCUCUGCAUCCCACCCCAUCACACCCGCCCGCUUCGCCGCCGCCAUCGAAGACCUUCCCCCGGGCCCCCUCUUCACUAAAGCCUCCGAACUCCAAAACAGCAUUAACCACCUCGAGCGCUCGAACGCACAGCUUCUCAACUACGAAGACGACGCCGACUGCCGCGAAGCGAUCGUGGAGAACGAGGCGGUGAUGCAGCGGAUGCGAGAGCGGAUUCAGCUGUUGAAGGCGGAG